CGACGUAGUCCGUGUCAGUCGGUGUCAGUUCGCCGCUGCCAGCCAGGCGUAGGGGGCAUGAGCAAUGGCGCGUGUUGCGUGUGACUCUCGUCGAUCCGAAAGCACGAAUUACGCCGAUUGUUAUUCGAGUACGUAAGCAGUAUAGCGGUACGCGUAAUACAAACGACGUCGUCGCGAGACCGAAUUGCACUGGCAAGCCGCCGGUCCUCAGCUCGUUCUAAUUCCUCUUCAAAUGGGGGUUUCGAAUUCAUUCGAAGUUACGCUUUACUACGAACGUCGAGUCGAGUGCGACCCAGAGACGAUCAUCCGUGAUCAUCGCCGUCAUUGUUUACCAUUGAGAUAUUGAGAGAAAGAGAGGGGGAAGAUCGCGUCUACGCACGCAGUUUCUCACACACGCACUCACGCCAAGAUCCCGGAUGAUCUAGAAGUUAUCCAAAAUGGCUUCCACCGAUCUAUCGUUCGGUUCGAUACCGGCGUUCUAUAGGGAAGUUUACGAAAAGUGUUCACCGUCCGGAGGAAACGUCGAGAGAGAAGUGUUCAAAUCACUACUCGUUAAAUCUCAACUCAGCAGCUCUAUACUCAGCCAGAUUUGGGAGCUCGUGGACAGCAAAACUGGGUAUUUAACAAGAAGCGGCCUGUACAAGGGUUUGGCAUUGGUAGCUUUCGCUCAACAGGGUAAACAGCCGAGUGAUAAGCUCCUGGAAAUAUCUGAAUCUCAAGAAUUGCCGAUACCCGCUCUCGGAGAUCUGACCGAAGUUGUUCUCUUGGCGCAAAGGAUGCACAAGGGAUCAAACCCGUCGAAACUGAAUCUCACCUACAUUGACAUAUGCAAUCUAGAUACCAUAGAAGUGAAUUUAGUACCCGAGAAGAAGGGGAUAUUCCUUAAGCAUGUCGAAUAUCAAGUGACAAGUAAGAGGUUCAAUUCUGUCGUCUACCGACGUUACAACGACUUUGUUUCCCUGCACGAACUUCUGCUAGCUCGAUUUCCUUACAGGCUGAUACCCAAGCUUCCGCCGAAGAAGAUAGUCGGAGCUGAUUCUCAAUUCCUCGAAGAACGGAGACGUUCGUUACUCAGAUUCUUGACUUUGAUAGCGCGCCACCCAUCGGUGAGCAAGGACCCGAUAGUGCAGUUUUUCUUUACAUUCACCGGAGAAGAGACGCAGCAUAAGAUUCGCGAGGUGUUCAGACGAGUUCCGGACGAGUUUGCGACCUCGGAAUUGUCCAGCCAAGCCAAAGAACUCGUGCCCCCUGAGACUCUGACAGAAUUUGCAAACAGCAGAGAUCAGAUACGCGUCAUAUUGUCGGGGAUAUCGAGACUAAAGAAUAUCGCCGACUGUUUGGCCAUCAGGUCUCACGGGUAUGCCGUGGAUAUGGCCGAGCUUGGAACGCAACUCAACAACUUGGCCAACGAACCUCACGGUACAAGUGCUUGGGCGACGGGUGGAUCGACGAUUUGGAAUGAUAUGAAGAAGGGAUUCCACGUCAUUUCAAAAGAGUUCAGUCUACUUUCUACCAGAGCAUUACAGCAAGCUGUAAUAGAGGAAAGCAUGGUCUGCGAGAGGCUCAAUUUACUCCUUGAUAUUUUGAUAGCGCACAGAGUUUUGUGCGAGCGACACGAGCGAGGAGUCAGCGCAGAUCAUCAGAGAGCUCUGUCGACUAUGUUGUCUCUGAAGAAGAGACAAAUGCAGGGCGUUAUUCGUGGAACAGAUGCCGACACGGUCGAACAUCUGGAAAACAAAAUGGUGGCUCAAGAAACUGUGAUCGCAAAUGUCGAGUUGAGGAACGCCUUCUCGCUCCACUGUUUACACAUGGAGACGCAGCUGGUUCACGCCCACUUGGAAAUUCUUGCCACAGUUCUACAGAGUCUAGUAAGCGUCCAGAUACAGGGGCAUUCCGAACUUACGGAAGUCUGGAAAUUGAUUGAGCCAACGAUAACAAAAUGUUUACCAGAAAAAUCAGCUGGCAGUUCAAACGGAGUCUCAUAGCAUUGAUAUUGUUUCAGAAUCCGGGGGGCAUAAGAUAAUAUUGAUAUUACUGAAUUGAGAUGUUCUAUUAUUAGUAUAAUAUUCGUUAUUUAAUUCAAUUCUCAUAUUAUUUACCGUAUCUAAUUAAUUCUUUUAAUUAUUAUUUGUUCAUCGCCGAACAAAAGUGUAAAGUAAUAUGUUAAGUCGCGUGCUAUGUUAUUUUAUAGCGGUUUAUGUUCAAAGAAACUCGUGGCAGUUAUACAUAUUUUUUCAUAUAUGUAUAUAUACUUAGUAAAGUGUUUAACUAUCCAAGUCGAAUCGGAAAUGACAAUCCUAAUAUUAUUAACGUUUUGUGCAAUAACUAAAAUAUACUGUACAUGCAAGGUACCUGGACGUAAAUUCGAAGCAUAAUUAAUAGUAGUUCUAGGUGUACGUAAAAGUUUUUGAAGAGAUAAAUCGUUAGGUUCUCAUCUCUUGCUAAAUCUUGCAAACUGAAGAUGAUUUGGAAAAUAACGGUAAAUAGUUUGAAUUUAUGUAAAUUCAAUUAUUGAUCAAAGACAGGAGAUUAGUAAGAUUGUAAUAGUGCUUCGACUGUGCGACAUUAGAAAAAUACAAAUAGAAUGAGAUAAAAGCGCUUCAAUGCCUGUUUUAAACUCGAAGCCUAGAAUACUCUAGGGGGAUAAGGAAGCUCGUAAUUAUUAUUAUAGAGAUUGUUGAAAAAAAGGACGAAUAACGCUGUCUUUAGAUACACACAUCAUAUACUCAUCGAUAACUGAAUUCUUGUAGAUUAUUUUAUUCCAAUGUAAUUUUCUCAUAGCUCAAACU